AUGGAAAAAAAUGGAGCUGACCAUGACAUUCCUAUGGAAGGAUCUAAUGAUUUGUUCGUAGGGAACUGUGAUAGUCCAGGAGAGUCAGAAACAAAUGAUCAGGUUUUUCAGCAUCUAACCUGCAUGGAUUCCAGGGAUCCAUUGUUUGGACAGAGUGACUCUCCCGCAGCCUUGCCCAUCACAGUACGCCUCUCGGGCAGUUCUCAAUCGUUGUCUGUGCCCGUGCGGCCCCCCCAGCCGCAGCCUCGCUCUGCAGAGGAGUUCCACCUGGUAGACCAACCCGGGCAGCCUCUCUAUGAGCUGCAGCCCCUAGGAGGGCCCAGUGCAUCGAUGAUGAUUGUUGCCAGCCAGUCAGAAAAUGGACAGGUGCUGCAUGUCAUUCCUUCUGCCCAGCCAGGAAUGGCCCAAGUGAUCAUUCCUCAAGGUCAACUUCUGGAUGUGACCAGCACACAGGAUGUUUCGGAAGAGAAGUGUGGUGAUGGGAACUUGCAGACUGUGGCGGUGGCUGCUAUAGCAGACAGUGCAAGCAGUUACAUUCUACAUCCACAGGCAUCUCUCACCGUAUCAAAAAAAACAACCACCAGGAUAGUGGAAGAUCCCUUUCCUGUCCCUCUCCAGCCAUUGCCACCAAAUACGCCUGCAUGGGCACGCCGUCUCAGGAACUGUGAGAAAAUUGGGGACUCGUACCGCGGCUAUUGUGUGAGCGAGACAGAAUUAGAGAGCGUUCUAACGCUACACAAGCAGCAAACACAAAGUGUGUGGGGGACGCGCCAGUCUCCAAGCCCAGCCAAACCUGCCACACGGUUGAUGUGGAAAUCUCAGUAUGUCCCAUAUGAUGGGAUCCCCUUUGUCAAUGCAGGAAGCAGAGCCAUUGUAAUGGAGUGCCAAUAUGGACCAAGGAGGAAAGGGUUCCAGCCCAAAAAAGCUGGUGAGCAGGAAAGCGUCUCUGGCCAUCUGUACAAAGCCACUUGUCCAGCAAGGAUCUAUAUUAAAAAGGUUCAAAAGUUUCCAGAAUACAGGGUUCCUACUGACCCUAAAAUUGACAAGAAAAUCAUAAGAAUGGAGCAGGAGAAAGCAUUCAACAUGCUGAAGAAGAACUUGAUAGAUGCUGGCGGUGUCCUCAGGUGGUAUGUACAGUUACCCACUCAGCAAGCCCACCAAUAUCAUGAAAUGGAAACUUCCUGCCUCCCUUCUUCACCGUCCCAUUUGUCUGUGUCUUCUCCUGAGGAGGAGGAGGAAGUUGUUAGAGAUGAGAACUGUACUCUGCCUUCCCGACUUCAUCCUCAAGUGGCAGACAAGAUCCGAGAACUGGUGUCUCAGGGAAUAGAGCAGGUCUAUGCAGUGAGGAAGCAACUAAGAAAGUAUGUGGAAAGAGAAUUAUUCAAGCCUGAUGAAGUGCCAGAAAGACAUAACCUGUCCUUCUUCCCCACUGUGAAUGACAUCAAGAACCACAUUCAUGAAGUGCAGAAAUCCCUGAGGAAUGGUGAGAUGGUGUAUAAUUCAGAAAGUAUCCCAGCAAUGCUGCAGUGGACCACAGACAGUGGGAAUGUUCUCACAGAGACAGUGACUGUUACAUUUGCCUCACCACCUUCAGAUGGGAGCUCAGCAGGGGAGUCAGUUGUCACCAAAGCAGAAUCCAACCAGAGCGGGGAGUCCUUACUACCAGAAACAGCUCAGCUGUUGUCUUCACUCUCUUCAAUUCAGCCCAAGAUAUUUGCACAACUUCAGGGAUUACAGCUGCAGUCAACUUUUACCUCCACAAAUGGAUCAACAGCCCUGAUAGCUGUAAAUAACCAUUCCCCUCCCAGCCCUGCAAGUCUCCUGGAUUCCAUAGGGAGUGCAAUAACCAGCCAUUCUCUAGUACUCAGUCAAGGACACAGUCUGCAAGCAGGUGCUGGCCUAACACAGCAUAGCACUGCUGCCUCUGCUUUUGGGGCUCCGCCUGGCUGUGAUCAGAGUUUGGUCACCAUGGGCCAGUUGGUAGCAGUUGGAGGGGUAGAUGACUCCAGAAGCCUAGAAGGAGGAGUUCAUCAGAUUCUCCUGGGAGAUGUACACACUAUUCCAGUACAGAUUGUGGACAGCCAUCCAGCACUUACUGAAGAAAAUGCAGAGGGUGUUACCUGUGUGAGCCAAGUUAAACAAGAGCCAAGAGAAAAAGCAUUGUCUAUGGAGCCAGAUAAUAUCAGAGACUGCCAUAGUUCCUCACCUAUUUAA